UUCACAUGACUCUAAAAUCAAUUUUGUGGUUUCUGUCAUUGCAAAACAUCGUCUUUUUUCUUAUAUACAAAGACCAAAGAUGUAUGACGUUGCAUCCAGAACAACCAUCGUUAAAUCAUCAACAGGAGAAAAUGUGGGCCCCAGCACCUACGUAAUUUGCAAUCCUCGAACUUCAAAAGAAAACUGUGCCCCCUUUUUGUCGUCGGAAGAAAAAUAUAGCUCGUUUAUUACAAAAUGUUUCACGAAGGCGAUUUACGACACCAGACAUUUCAGAGACAGAAUUCCUGGUGGUGCCAGUUUACGUAACAAAGCACCCAGAUUCGUCUACAAAACUGAUUUGACCCCCGGUCCUGCGCAGUACAAAGCUAAACCCAUCCAGUGUAGCAAGAAGAAGCUCAAAUUGGACCCUACGAAACCAAAACUGUAUGCUUGUGCUGUACCGUACUCUGUAUCGGUGGUGGCACCCUCAAUACCGUCGAAAUCAGACGAAAAUGGGUACGAAAUCGUAGACGACAAACUUGUGAAAUUGCCUCCAGAUGUACCAAUUCCCCAAGAAAUUAACAUUCCGAGUGCUUUUUGUAGUAAGAAGGGCUGGAGAUGGUCUUGCAGAAGUUCGAGUAGGUUUGAGUCAAACAAGCACCAAACUUGUGGACCAGGACCUGCGGCAUACACGCUACAGGGUGCUAAGUGUCGACGAGACGAAGAGGAGGAGCGCUUCCGAGAGAUGGCGCGACUGUUAACUUUCCUACCCAGAUUCGUGGAAGCUCAAGAGUUGAAGACUGCUAAGGACAGCCGACCCGGCCCUGGCCACUACGACGUCUCCGCCGACUGCUUUACCCACUGCUCGACGCACGGGAAGAGCAUCAAGCCCCGGCCGUUCCUAAAAGGGGCCCCCAGGUUCACUCCGCAGUCCUCGGACUCGCCAGCGCCCACUCGGUACAACGUCUGUCCCUGUGUUAAGGACAAGAAGUUCUUUUCACACAGGUGUGCGCCCUUUGGGUUUACGGCGUCGAGGUUCCAAAGGAAAAAAGCGGAACACACGCCAGGCCCAGCUAGUUACGAAGUCAAGGGCGCCCUCCAGGAAAAACUGCGACAGAAGAGAAACAAGUACGCUUUUUGCGAUCCUCCCUUCAAUACGACAUCGGUGCGAGGGAUGAGCUUCGUCGCAAGAGACGCAGAGUUUACGCCAUCGGCUGCCGAUUACCCCGAAGUAAAAGACGCCGAUGACGACGACGACACCAAACCAAUAUCAUCUUCGGUGUUUAUGAACACCGUAUGUCGCUUCUCUUCCGGCGAGAAAACGGACGUCAUAGGGCCCGCCCAAUACAACAUUUCUCGGAGUUUCAAGAAAAACCAGCAACGGAAGUCCUUCAACGUCAGUGGAAUACCUUUCAACACUACCGGUCCACGAAGCCUCGUUCCUGCAAUAAAAGUCGGCGUUCCUUGCUCCACAAGCUACGAAACCGAACUGGGCCUGAACUGCACCGGCCACAGUUUCGACGUGUGCCCUAGAUUCGCCUGCCCUGAAGAGACUCCCGGUCCAGGCCAGUACAACAUACACCCCCGCUGCGAAAGAUCCAUGUACAAAGCCGUGGACACCCACAACCUCCGCCUGAAAGAGAACGUCCUCCGCAAGAAACUGCGUCUGGCGCCUCGCGAGACCCGCAAGCACUGGCUGAAGGUCAUGAAGAAGACGAAGCUCCUCAAGUGGUUCGACGUCGAGCUGGACUUCCAGGAGCGCAUGAUACUGUUAAUCCUGGAUAUCUUUGACAAGCCCGUUUAGCGGUCCGACGGCCUGUUAACGCGUCGCACUAAAAUUGUAUUUGUCAACACGAAAGUUAGGUGACAUUCCCAUAUGCCGUUGCGAGUUUUUUCCCCCUUCACUAUGAAACUUUCAAUCUGAAACGCCGUCAAUCCCAUAGUGUUUCACAAUGCGUCCGGAUACGAGUUCCAGCGAUAUUACCGUCCGUGCAGCUGACAGCUUUACAUUUCUAUGCGAGCUUACGGGC